GCCGAAGAAGGUGAACGCUUGAAGAGGGCAGCUUCCUCAGUAUCACCUCGGCCAGCGCUACCGGUGGAGUCUCUACCACGCGUUCGACGUUGCAACGCCCGCCAAAGCUUCUCUGCUGUACGCCCCUCUUGAGGGCACCCAAGUCCAGCUGUCAUGAGCUGGUUCACGUCGCUUUUCUCGUCGGACAGCUCCCGCCGAAAGAACCAGGCCAUGUCCUCGACGCAUGAGGCUUUCUCUCUUCCGACAUCCUCGCCCAUUUUCCCCAACCAUCCAAACUCUCUGGGAGGCGACACGCCCUACACGCCCGAACCCGAGUCCGCGUCGAGUCCGUAUACGUACCCACCCCCCUCAGCCGGAAGUAUAUACGAUUAUUUGCCGACGUCUGCUGGUGGUUCACGGUCUCGUCCUGCUUCCCUUUUGCCCAUUCACAACAAACCAUUGUCCCCUUUGCCACCCUACCCUCCAUUGGCGCAGACAUGGCAUCGACUCCAAACGUGGCUAUCGAAUGAGUACCCUGAGUUGGGGGAUACAUUGAAUUAUGGCAUCCUACCUCAAGACCUCGCUCAAAUAGAGAUGCAAUUUGGAUUCGAGCUUCCAGCGCCCGUCCGAGAGUCGUAUCUCGUUUGCGACGGACAAGAGCCGGAAUCAGCCGCAGGCUGCUCCGAGGGUCUCUUCUUUGGCUUGACCUUGCUUCCUCUGGAGGAAGUGCUAGAGGAGUGGAGGUUUUGGCGAGACGUGGACGACGACCCUAUGACCGGCGCAAACCCGAAGUUGCGGGAGGUCAUGCAUUCAAUACCGCCAGGCUACGUCCGGAAGGAAUACUCUUCCAAAGGCUGGAUACCACUCGUGGCUGAUCGAGCUGGCAACUAUCUGGGCGUGGACCUCAACCCCGCCGAAGCAGGCUCUGUGGGGCAAGUCAUUAUAUUUGGUCGAGACUUUGACACGAAAGUUGUCAUGUGGAGAGGGGAUGGCUCCAGCGGGUGGGCCAAAUGGCUUGCCAGCUUUGUCGAAGAGCUCGAAAGCGGGGAGGGCUAUGAGCUAGGGGCCGCGAAUGAUGGGAGCGAAGGUAGCGAGGACGACAUUGGGUACGAAAGCUAUUUCUACGGUGGCAGCGGCCGUGGUCAAGGGGACGUAGGAGGGGAUGCGGGCUCCGGAGGGCUACGCCUUACCGGGGAGUACAGAGGGUGGAAUGUUUUGGAAGCUUGGGCAGAUCGUAGUGUCAGAAAAUGGUUGGAGUCUGGUCUGGUGACCGAGGAGACUCUCGUGCCGUCAGAAAAGGGCAAGCGGCGAGAGUCAUUUGUGGAGUUGGCGACGGUCAGCAAACAGUCGGACGCUGAAGUCCCCAUCCCGGUACUGGCGGAUAUCGAUGAAAAGCCAGAGCUUGGUCCUCUGACGGAGAACAGCGCUGAGGGCACGGAUAGAAAAGUUGGACCUCGGCAACCUUUGCCUACUAUAUCCGUUACCAAACCACCUGCCCCUCGGCCGGUGGACCUACCGACACAGGAGGAUCUAGUGACCCCUUCAUCCCCAGAUUCAACUCCCUCAUCACCCAGAGAGGGUGAUUUGGAGAGCGGCGGUAAUAUGAUGAAGGAGGUAGAAUUACCUCCGCGGGAACUCGUCACACGGACCCAACCUUCCCCUUCGCAAAAGCCGGUGGCCAACGGGAUACAAGAAGCAACUCUGGUGCCUUUACCUACAUCGCCGUCUGGCUCAUCUCCCGGUGCUUCGUCUGGCACGACACCACCUGCUCCUUCAGGAGGGAUGUCGGACAUUACGGAUCUACUCGCGGACUCUGCCCCCGCGUUAAACGCUCAACCUAUUGAACCUGUUUCAAGUUCUCCUAGUAAGUCUCCUGUCAACAAGCCAGUCCCAAGUACUGCCAGUGCGUCUGCUACGACUCCCGUAGCCGAGGAGCAGCCCGAGUCAGGCGGAAGCGAUGAUAAGGAUGAGACUGCGACCAUUAGGCUGGUGGGCGGAGGAGGUGUAUCCGGGACGAGCGAUGAAGUGGUGUCACCUCCCGCUGAUGGAGAUAUCCCGGAUGAUGCUGAAACUGAGGGCGCCGAGCUGGCUUCUGUGGUUCCUCCUUCUAAUGAGGCAUCGACUCCCAGCGAGAAGAAGGGGCACGCGAAGAAGAAGAGUAGUGUUUCUUCUGGGUUGAAGAAGUUUGGAGGAGGCAAACGGAAAAAGGACUCGAAGAGUAGUAUCAAGGACGAUCUCUGAUGAUACGGUGCGGACGCGGUUUGACUAUAUCUAUCUUUUGUGGACGUUGGACACCUUCCGCACUGGCCCCAGUCAUCCUCAUUCUUUUCGUGCCGUUCUUUCCUGUCUGCCUUCAUCCUCCCCAAUGUACCAUCUGCAUUCCACGUCUUUUAUACCCAUAACCACGAUUAACUGCUGUCGUCUUAACUAUUUGCACGCUGCUUGGGUCAGACGAAGGUGGGCGAGGAGACAGCCUUUCUAGAGACGUUACUCGACAUCAUACAUUACAUUCCUCUUGGAUCAAUAUAUCCC